UCGAGUUAGAACUAAAUUUUAGAUUCGAACAAAAAUAAACUAUGGACGGAACAAAACGUAGAAAUGCUCUUCAAGCCCCUGUAUACAACUUCCAAAAGGUAGCGCGCGUUACAAACAAUGGGUACCUGAACUUCUUAAUUGAAUAUAAGAAGAUGUUCUGCGGGCUUUCCCCAAAGGACAUGGUACGUUUCGGAGCCAGACAGUGGAAUCAGUUGACCCUUAAAGAAAAAGAACUCUUCAAAAACAUGAAGGAUCCUGUGACCGUUACAAAAAGUGCUCCUCAGGAGUUUGAGAAUCAGUCCCUUGUGGAAAACCCCGGUAAAUCUGAGCGGGAGAAAUGCAGUUCCGUUCGCUCUCCCAGUGCCCGUGAGAGGGAGUCCAGAAUCAAGAAGAAAAGGAAGCCAUCCAAGUCCAUCAAGAAGAGACCCAGCCUUGUGCUGAAGACCCUCGACCCAAGUCGUCUGGGCUCCGCCGUAGCCUAUAUUCAUUUCAUGCGCAAGUUUCAGAGGAAGAACAACAAUUUGAAGGCGAAUGAUCUACUAAACAAGGGAACUCGUCUUUGGUGCCGUCUGCAUGGAAGCCAGCGCCAACAAUUUGAGAGGCCGCUUUGGGUUGUGAGGACUGGAUAGGAACACUAUUCAAUUUUAGCCGUAUUAAUAUGUGUAAAUUUGAAGAGAACAAUGUCUUGUAAAUCUUACACUUCACUAUUCAAUUACAUACAAGAUAUUUACAAAACACGAAGAUUAAACGGCAACAUAAACGGA